AUGUCUCUACAAUUUGAUUGGGAGGCAUUGAAGCCUUUCGUUCAAGAGAAGAUACGUGAAGCUAUUUCCAAAGUUCCUAUCGAUGCAAACCCAAUGCUUCGCUCAAAAGUCAGUUUAGUUUCAAUGGAUUUAGGAACAAGUCCUCCUUUUGUCGCAUUGACAAGAAUUUCAUCAUUAACAUUGAAACAACAAAAAAUAAGUGCGAUUUUUAGAUAUAGAGGAAACGCAGUUAUAGAAAUUAAGUGUGAUCUUAAUGUUAACGCUCUAGGUGCAAGAUCAGAUCAUUCUCAGAGCAUGAGAAUGAUGGGAAUGAUCUACACAUCCGCUCCUAUGAUAAUUCCAUGCAGAUUUUUACUUUCAAACUUUGAUAUUUGUGUCAAAGUUAAUGUAACUCAUGGAGAAACGACAUUUAUUGAAUUUGAAGAACCGCCAGUUGUUAAUUUCACAAUGGAUAGUAAUAUUGGCAAAUUAGGCUUCAUUUUUAAUUUAUCCUUACGAAGAAUUCAGAAAAUUAUUAGAAUGGAAUACGCCAAACUUCCUCCUAAGAUAGAAAUUCAAAUUCCACAAACUUGA